AAAUUGAAAUUUUUAGAAAACAGUACAGUGUCAUCAAGAGAUUCGACAAGUGCAUCUGUAAAUGUGAAAUUAACCUAAUCUUUUUUACUUAUCUAAUAAGAAAAAUGUGUUGAUUAAAACCCAUACACUCCAAUAAUAAACAUACAAAUCUGUAACUAUAUAAGUUUAACUAAUCAUUUUGUAGUAACGAUGUUUCUAAGUAAAAUAUCAUUAGUUAUUAUUUUAUUGAGUAUAGAUGUAUGUUUUUCUCAUAUACAUUCUCACGAAGAUCACCAUGGACAUUCCCAUGACGAACCCCCAUCAUUUAAGUAUUCCAAAGCUGCCAAUGAAAAAUUUCAAGAAACUCAUCAUCAUGAAGAACCACAUCAUCAAGAAUCAUCAAAAUCUAAAAACCAACUUAGUACUCCAGAUCUUUGGCUUUACGCAAUGGGAUCUACUUUACUUAUAAGUGCAGCUCCAUUUUUCAUUCUAUUUUUCGUUCCUCUAGAUAAUACAGAAAGUAGCCAACCUCUACUUAAAAUUUUACUAGCUUUUGCCUCGGGGGGGUUAUUAGGAGAUGCAUUCCUCCAUUUAAUUCCUCAUGCUAAUAUGGCAAUUGAAGAAGAUUCCCAUAGCCACAGUCAUAGUCAUGAACCAGGACAUGAACAUUCUCAUGACAUGUCUGUAGGUUUAUGGGUGUUGGCUGGUAUAGUGGUGUUUUUGGUAGUUGAAAAAUCAGUAAGAAUCCUAAAAGGUACCGGUCACGGACAUUCUCAUACCGCCCCAGUACCUACUACUGAAAAAAUCACAAAUAAAAAAGAUGGCGAUAAGAAAUUUAAUAAUAAGGAAAACAAAAAAACAAAAGAAUUACCUCAGAAUGAAAUUAAAGUUGCAGGAUAUCUCAAUUUAGCUGCAGAUUUUAGUCAUAAUUUUACAGAUGGCUUAGCUAUCGGAUCGUCAUAUUUAGCUGGAAAUACCAUCGGUAUUGUAACUACUAUUACUAUUUUAUUACAUGAAGUACCACAUGAAAUAGGAGAUUUUGCUAUUUUACUUCAAUCUGGAGUUUCAAGGAAGAAUGCCAUGUUGUUACAGCUAACCACAGCACUUGGCGCUGUUGCAGGUACUGCUUUAUCUCUUCUGGCUCAAAACAGCUCUGGUGCAAUGGCAGCUUCAUGGAUAUUACCUUUUACCGCUGGAGGGUUCAUUUACAUAGCUUUGGUAUCUGUUAUUCCAGAGUUGUUGGAUGAAGAAAAACCUAGCGUUGUUCAGACACUUCUCCAAGUAGCUGCCAUGUUGUUGGGAGUAGGGAUGAUGGUUAUUAUUGCUGAAUUCGAAUGAAUUCCCUAAUUUUUUUAUAAAAAUAUUAAUAAAUAUUUUUAAAAAUU